GUCUUCGUCGUUCACUUGUACUAAUUAAUGCCAGUCGUCGUUCAUGGUCAUAAUCUCUCCUUUUAAGCUCUAAACACCACAACCACACAAACCCUUUCCUCGAGAACGCCGUCGUUUCACUCCGCCAACAAUGCGUCUCCUCCUCCGGUUCUUGGUGGUCGCGUUUUGGAUCAUCGGGUCAACGCCUAUUGGACUCGUGAACUCGCACCAUGAGUCCGGCGAGCGGAGCUGUGAGUCGCACCCGGAGACCCAAGUCGUUGCCGAGUUCAAACCUGGACUCAUCACGGUCGAUGGGCACGCCGAUGAUUGGAGAGACGUUGAGGGUUUCGAGUUCUCUCUCCUCCCUGCUCUCGAGCCAGAUAAGGAACACGAGUAUAAAGGUGGAAAUAUGAGUGUUAAGGCAUUGCAUGAUGGGAAGGAUGUGUAUUUCAUGUUACAAGUUGAUGGGGACUAUGCAUACUCAAAAGGCAACGAUACCAAAUGCCCAUCUGUUGCUCUGAUGUUUCAAGUUGGUGAGAAUGCCUCGUAUUAUAGUAUGGGUGGGUGUACAGAAAUGCCAAAUUCAUGCACCAGUAAAAGCUGCCAUGGCUUUGAAGUUGACAUCAUGCACUUCUCCCUUGGAAAUGCUAUUCCUGGUCGUUUAUAUGGUGGCAAUCCAAUUGACAACGGAGAUGGGAAUGGAGGUGACAGGUUCGGUCAUUUGGUUGAUUUGUAUGCUUGGAAUCCUCAUUGUCGAUACCUUGACGGGAUGAGUCCUUCAGGAAAUGAUUCUAGUGCACAGAAUAACUGGAUGGGUGUGUGGUGGCAUAGCAGUUUGACAAUGCUUUCAGGUUUUGUGGAGGGAGAGUCUCCUUAUGGAUCGUCUGGUCAAAAUGGAACAUACUAUUUUGAAUUUUCAAGACCCUUGAGAACCAUGGAUCAUCUUCAACAGGAUGUUCAAUUCAACAUUGGUCAAACAAGCAAGUUUUCGGCCGCAUUUUGGUAUCCAGUUGAUGGGAAUCCAUGGAAUGCGUCAGGGCACUAUUCCGUCAGCUGUGACUGGGUACCUUUGAAUAUCUCUUCUGGGAGUUCCGCAAUCUCCACAACGGCUUCAAGGAGUUCUGGGGAUGCUGCCAGUGCGUUCGCUCUUGUUUUAUCAGCCCUAGUAGUUUUUUAGAACUACUCUGCUGCUUCCAUAAAUUAGUAAUUUGUUUAUAAAUUGUAGUACAAACCUAAUUAAUUUAACGGAGUUAAUUUUAGUGAGUCAAAUUAAUUAAAUACAAAUUUAUAAUUCUUAAAAUAGUUGUUACUGAAUUAUAUAA